AUGCCUCGCAUUCCUGGUGAUACAGAGGAGGCCAAGAAGCAGAGGCGGAUCGAAUACGAGAAGCCGAAGCCUUGGACUCCCGCUCGUGAGGAUAGAGCGAUUGAAUGGCACGACCGCCUACUGCCGUUCGUCUCGGGCGAACAAAUGAGCAGAGAAAUAGGUCAUCCCCUCGAUGAGAGGUGGAUUAAGAAGGUCAGUCCAUUCCCAUGGGCUGAACUUCGAAAGCUGAGGGAUCAGAAGCUUCGGCGACUGCUUUCCGAGGCUUUGAGUGGCUCCGUGCCGCCAGAGCUCACUCUAUGUAUCAUAGAUGAGCUCGUUAAAUUACCAGGUGCUUUGGCCCUGGAAGUCGUCGAUGAGCGGGGCGCGAACAGCAUCGUUGAGGAGGCGUUGCCAAUGCUUAUGCAGAGGCUUUCGCUGGGAGGAUCCAAGUGA